AGGGAAACAGGCUCGUUUGCCCGCCAAGCCACGCCGCUCCUCCUGCUUGUACUCCGUACUCACUCUCAAUUUCCUCCAGGCGUUAUUUUAUUCAAAUCACCGUGCUUACAUCUUGCCAGCAACUAUGAUGACUGGGCUGCAAGUUGCGAAGAGAGACCUCCGUCGGAGGAUGCGGGAUGUUCUCCAACAGCUCCCCGCGGACUCCAUCGCCAACCAAUCCAGAAUCGCCACGAAUAGACUCUUGUCACUCCAGCAAUAUCGGGAUGCGAAAAGAAUUGGCGUCUACCUAUCCAUGCCUGCGGGCGAACUCUCUACGACGGCUAUAGUGCAGGACGCUUUGGCCAAUGGCAAGGAAGUCUUUGUGCCUUUUAUCCAUAGUCUCGAGCUAUCCUCGCAGUCCAAGACCUCAGUCAUGGACAUGAUGCUCCUGGAGUCGAUGGAGGAGUUUAGGUCGCUUGAGCCUGACAAAUGGGGAAUCCCAUCGCUCUCGAAAGCUAGUGUGGUGAACAAGAGGAACUGCUUCGGAGGAAAAGGAGUGUCACCCCAGCCGGAAGAUGCUACGCAAGGGCCGUACGGGUUAGAUUUGAUUGUUAUGCCGGGAAUGGCGUUCGAUGAAGGAUUCAGAAGAUUAGGCCACGGGAAAGGGUAUUAUGAUCAUUUCCUGACAAGGUACUCCAAAGGUUCCGAGAGCACAGCAACGGCAUCAAAGCUGCCCUUACUUGUCGCGCUGUCUCUCAAAGAGCAGAUGCUUGCUCCCACCGAGGAGAUCCCCGUCGCGGAUCAUGACUGGCCAGUAGACGUCCUCAUGGUCGGCGAUGACCGGUGCCUCGUCCGCCAAUACUGAUCGGAUAUUCAGAGAAAGCGAGCCCUUUCAUGUCCAUGUUUUCAUCUAUUGCGACAAACAUAUGCAAAUAAGUGUACUCCAGCGACAACCCGUAAAAAGUGAUUAAGAAAUGCAAACAAUGUCGUAUCACGGCACGAAGUCGGCGAUAAAAGAUUUUUCCCUUUUCCUGUCUUUCGAAAUCCCUUAAACGCCCCGUUUAACUCACUGCACGGAUUG